GUUUUGGCUCCGGAGACGCGCAGGACGCAGCGAACUGUCCCGGCUCCCCCUCGAUGGUUCACCGCAGCCCGGAGGAGGGACAAACCUUCCACCGCUGCCCGGAAAUCAGCGCCCAGGAGCCGCACACACUCUGACAGCACAGCCGGCGGGCAGCCAUGCUGAAGCCGGGCGACCCGAGCGGCUCGGCCUUCCUGAAGGUGGACCCGUCCUACCUGCAGCACUGGCAGCAGCUCUUCCCUCAGGCGCAGCUCAAGGCUCCUCUGGCCCCGCCGCCGCCUCCACCUGACCGCCUCUCCAUCCCCAUGGACAGCCUGCGCCCGUCCCGCCUGCACAGCCACCUCCUGGCCUCCACACACUGCACCUCCUCUUCUUCUUCUACAUCCUCCUCUUCAGCUUCCUCCUCAGCAGCGGCAGCAGCAGCAGCAGCAGCCGCCCUCACUCCGUCCUCCUCCAUCUCCAUCUCCACCUCGGCAGGGAUCUCCCAACUGCCCGUCCCUCAGCAGAUCGCACUCUUCGGUCAGGCGUUGGCCCCGGUGUGUGCCGGGCCUGGAGGACCUGGAGGAGGAGGAGGACCAGGAGGAGGAACAGGAGGGGACCUGGUGGUGGUCGUACCCCCGGAGAACCAGCAGGGUCACAACCCAGCAGCGGGGCUUCUCCACCCGGCCAAGGAGCAGAGCUGUGGAGGAGUCGGCGUGGUGUCGUCCAGCGUGAAGAGCAGCAGCAGCAGCGGAGGAGGAGGAGGAGGAGGAGGAGGAGGAGAGGAAGGCAGCAAAGGAGCGUCGGCCAGGUUCAAGCUGACGUCUGAGGAGCUGGACUACUAUCUGUACGGACAGCAGAGGAUGGAGAUCAUCCCGCUGAGCAACCACACGGGAGAGCUCAACAACCGUUGUGACAUGUGUGCAGACAACAGGAACGGCGAGUGUCCGAUGCACGGCCCUCUUCACUCUCUGCGUCGACUCGUCGGCACCAGCAGCACGGCGGCUCCCGUCACCCUGCCGGACGUCCCUGAUUGGCUCAGAGACCUGCCCAGAGAGGUGUGUCUGUGCACCAGUACCGUUCCCGGUCUUGGUUAUGGGAUCUGUGCGGCUCAGAGGAUCCCUCAGGGGACCUGGAUCGGCCCGUUUCAGGGAGUCCCUCUGCUGCUCGACAAACUGCAUCCAGCAGCCGUCAGAAACAGCCGACACCUGUGGGAGAUCUACGAUGCAGAGGGGACGUUACAGCACUUUAUCGAUGGUAAUGAUCCCAGUAAGUCCAGCUGGAUGAGGUAUAUCCGCUGUGCCAGACACUGUGGGGAGCAGAACAUGAUGGUGGUACAGUACAGGUCCUGUAUCUUCUACAGAGCGUGUAUGGACAUCCCCAGAGGAACAGAGCUGCUGGUGUGGUACAAUGACUCCUACACUUCCUUCUUCGGCAUCCCGCUGCAGUGCAUCGCUCAGGACGAAAACUUAAAUGUCCCAGCCACAGUGGUGGAAGCCAUGACCAGGCAGGAGUCCCUCCAAUCCUUCAACAAGAACGGCAAACCCUCUUCCUCCUCAUCUUCCUCCUCUUCCACCCCCUCCACCACCCUCAUGCGCUCCAUGGUCUUUCCUCAUUCACCUUGCCCGAGGAAUUUCUCCCUGUUGGACAAGGUCGGGGUCGGGGUUCAGUCGGACUCCAGUUACGGCCAGUUAGGGUCCAAGAACCAGCGAGUCCUGGCGAGCCCAACCUCCACCAGCCAGCUGAGCAGCGACUUCAGCGACUGGCACCUGUGGAAGUGUGGCCAGUGUUUCAAGACCUUCACCCAGAGGAUCCUGUUGCAGAUGCACGUCUGUCCGCAGAAUCCAGACAGACCGUACCAGUGUGGCCACUGCUCCCAGUCCUUCUCCCAACCAUCAGAUUUGAGGAACCACGUGGUGACGCACUCGAGCGACCGACCCUUCAAAUGUGGAUACUGCGGCCGCGCGUUCGCCGGUGCCACGACGCUCAACAACCACAUCCGCACGCACACCGGGGAGAAGCCGUUCAAGUGCGAGCGUUGCGACCGCAGCUUCACACAGGCGACUCAGCUCAGCCGCCACCAGCGACUUCCCAACGAGUGUAAACCUGUGAAUGAGAGCAGCGAGUCCAUCGAGGUGGAUUAACACCCAGACUGUUUACUGACCGAGACCACGUCCACACUAAGACUAAAUAUGAAAAUGCAUCUUUUUGUUUUGACUCUCCGUCCACACGAAGCCGCUGAUUUCCUCAAUGGAUUUUUUUUUCCCAUAGCAGAUUAAUCUGAAAAAGCCGACUUGAUGUUUUACCAGGACGUCAUAUCAAAAGCAGCUUCAGCUGCAGCUGUAGUGACAGUGUGAGUGCUGCUGUCCGAGCAUUCAGUCCACACCAACAAGAAACUACGGUGGCCCAGAGAGCUCAACACACUGCAACUCAAGAAAACACAUGAAAAUAGACAAGCAGAUUAUGAAAAGGUUUUCACCAGUUGGUUCGUGUUCUCACAGCAGCAUUAAAAAUGCCUUGUGUGAGAAAGCUGCUCUUGAUUGGUCAGAAUUUCCAUGUGGGGAAAAAUCAAACACUUGCAAGAUAAAUGUGACACUUUCUAAUGUCCUGAACCUUCAUUAAUAUAGGCCUGUAUUUUAUCUCCAAGUACACAUCACACACUGAGCGAGCCGCCUGUUAAUGACGCUGUGGGCUAAUGGGCAUGUAGCUACUUCCAUGUUUCACAUGAUACGUCAUGUUUGUAGUCGACCAAUGAAGAUGAGUUUACAUAUCACCUUGGGUUCGUCCUUCACCUUCUCAAAAUGAUCCCACACUUUGGAUUUCCUGCCCGACAUGUUAUUAACUAGCCUGUGGAAUAACCGCAGGUACCAGCCAUGGAAAUUAGGGGCCGUACACAUGCUGCGUCUUUAACCACCUGGAAAACAUGAGGUCGGGCGCUGGGUGCCACUCUUGUGCCUUUUCUGUGCCAGCUUUCAAGAGUGCGCCAGCAGGUUUUGUCUGAGAGCAGAGCUGAUCUUCUUCCAGGAGCUGUUUAUAAGUGUGUAGGCCGAUCAUCCGUGGGGCAGAUGUAAAGCUCUGGGCAGCCCUGCACUAACAUGAUCAACCUUUUCGUGUUUAUCAGACUGAAUAUUUACAGAAGAGGGAAAGAUAUCUGUCGGCUGUGAUUGGGCCAACUAAUGUUUCGACGACUUUUAGGGGGCAGCCCUAUUCUGGACAUAAGGGAAGAGGCUUGUUUAGUACAGAGCCCAGUAAAUGUUGCAGUAAAAAUGACCAUUUCUGAUUAUGAUUACAGUGUGCAGCCCUGUUUUAUACUUUUAGUGUAGUUUCUGACAGCAGAAAUAAAAUGUGUAGAUGAGAAUGACUUAUUUAUGAAAUGGUCUUUAUUGUGUUGAUGCUUGACAAACAUUAGCUGUGAGCCACAGUUUUCUGACCAAAAUAUGAAGACAGAGAUUCUUCUGUUUCCUGCUGUCCUGGUGUUUCAGUGUGGACGGAAGUCUUUAGGAAAACCACCUGAAAAUGGAGCAUUUUCACAUUUAGCCGUCUCAGUGUGACCACAGUCUGACUGCUGACAGAUGUGACUUUACUGACUGACUGACUUCUGCAGAGAAGAGACUCUGAAGCCACAUUCAUCCUGCUGGAGAGAAUCCUGAUUCAACCAAACCAAAGAUCCUUUUAUUUUCCCAGCAGAGAAGAAGAACUUCAAGACGAAAUGGUUGGACUCACAAACUUAAAGUUUUUUGGACGAGGAUAUUUAUUGGAGACUUUUUGGGGAAUCCAGUCAGGUUUCCCUCCAAAGAAAACUCUUUCUUGAAACCGGGACAAAAACAAUGAAAUACCAAAAAAAUGCAGACUGAUUGGUCUGUCUGUAGCUUUACUUCUCGGUUUCUGUCUUUUUUUUUUUUUUUUCUUAUUUGCAACAGCGAUGCCAAAGGAGGGCGCGACCAAAGCAAACAGACUGAGAAUGCACAACGAGCAACAACACGGACGUCUGAGGACGACGCUCCAGUUUUACAUCACAAAAUGAACAAAUAAAAUGACAUGGAGUAUGUAUUGUAAAAAAAAAAAAAAAAAAAAAAACAAGAAAAAAAUCCCAAAAGAAAGGACAAAACAAACAUAAAUUAUAUUUAUCUUCUUGCUCAUAUCAUGCUUCGGGCACUUUUGUUUUGAAAUGUUGAUUAUUUAAUUUUUGAUGUUGUCAGAUGUAGAGAUGGCAGAGACAGGAGGGAAAUACUGAAGAGAUAAUGGACGUGAUUUCUUAUAGAAAUAAUCCCACAGUUCAUAAAGCGUUAAAUAUGAAGUUGACACAGCAUGUGUUUAAAAAUGUAUUUGGGUUAAAGCCAGUUUGUUUGUUUGUUUUUUCAUCUUGCAGUUUCAAACAUUUCCAGGGUCAACAUUUCUUACAUUUCUUCUUUUUCGAUAACAGGUAAAGAUGACGUCUGAUCAUCUGAGGCACAAACACCAUCAGUUCCAAAAAGGGCAAAAGUUUCUGGUUUUAAAAAAAUACUUUCUCAUCUCUCUCUCAUGAUUCGUGUUUGUCUCAUAGAGUAUAUUUGCUAUGCGAUUCAAGUUUGAAUCCAUUCACAAGCAAUCUCAGAUGUGUAAAUAGUCCUGUGUCAUUACGAUACACUUUGUAUUUAAACGAGUGAGGGUAAAAGCACAGUUAUUAUAACAUGAACACCAAAAAGGUUUUUGUGCCUGAGAGUUAAAAAAGCUUUAAUGAUAAUAAUCUGUAACUUCUCUUCCCAAAGACCAACAGAGUGUUGAACCUGCUGGAUGUAAAUCUACAGUCCAAACCAAAACUCAAAGAGAUGUUUCACUGCAGGAAAAACUGCUUUUACUUUAAUCACACAAACGUCUGUACGAGUUCUGGAGCAGCAUCAGUCACUGACACUCAGGAUCAGUCUAUUUAUUUUAGAGGUGGAAAAUCUGCACAACUAGAACGUGUACAAGUUAUGUGUAAAUACUCGCUAUAAAAUGCGUUACAUUUGGAUGGAAACUCAACUUGUGUCUUAUCUGCAGCGUUGAUCUACUUCUGUGAUUGGCUGCUUAGCUCCACAAUCCAAUCAGCAUAAGUAUCAGUUUGUCCUACAGAACCUCCACACCAACAUGUUUCUUGUUUAUUGGACUCUUUGACUAUUUAACAAUUUUCAUACACUCUGUCUAAUUUUGUGAACUUAUUUCAUUUGCAGUUCUGCCAAUACUUUUAAACAGAUGCAACUAUCAGUCAGUAUAUAAAAGUCUGCAGAUGAAUUCUGAAGUUACAACCAGGAAAAUGGAAGCAGUUCAUAAAAAUAAAAAUAACCUAUUGUUAA